AGCGGCGCUGGCACCAUGAGCCCCGCGCUGCCCGCGCCCGCCGGCAGGAUGCUGCUCGCCCUGGCCCUGGCCUGCGCCAGCCCCUUCCUGGAGCCGCCGGCGGCGCCGCGCCGCACCCUGAACGUGGCCGUGAUCCUGAGCGGCGCCUCCUACGGCCCCGCCGGGCCCCGCCUGGCGCCCGGAACCUUCCAGAACUUCUCCCUGGACGUGAACCCCGUGGGGGUGGUGCUGAACGACACCAACCCGCGCAGCCUGAUCGUGCGGCUGUGCGACGUGCUGUCGUCGCUGCGCAUCCACGGCGUGGUGUUCGAGGACGACACGCGCUCCGAGGCCGUGGCGCAGAUCCUCGACUUCAUCUCGGCGCAGACCUCGGUGCCCAUCAUCGGCGUCAACGGCGGCUCCGCCAUCGUGCUCACGCCCAAGGAGAAGGGCUCCACCUUCCUCCAGCUGGGCUCCUCCACGGAGCAGCAGCUCCAGGUGAUCUUCGAGGUGCUGGAGGAGUACGACUGGACGUCCUUCGCCGUGGUCACCACGCUGCUGCCGGGCUACGAGGACUUCGUGGACUACGUGGAGGUGCUGACCGACAGCAGCUUCAUCGGCUGGGAGCACCGCGGCGUGGUCACCCUGAACCUGACCGACGACCCCGAGGGCGCGCGCACGCGCCGGCAGCUGCGCGAGGUGUCGGCGCAGAUCCGGCUGCUCUACUGCUCGCGCGACGAGGCCGAGGCCGUGUUCCGCGCCGCGCGCGACGCCGGCCUGGCCGGGCCGGGCUACGUCUGGUUCGUGGUGGGCACCAACCUGGGGGGCAGCGAGCAGCUGCCCGAGCACGCGCCCGCCGGGCUGUUCGCCGUGCUGUCGGCCGGCUGGCGCGACGACCUGCAGCACCGCGUGCGCAACGGCGUGGCCAUCGUGGCCAAGGGCGCCGAGGCGCUGCUGCGCGACUACGGCUUCAUCCCCGAGUUCAACAACGACUGCCGCGCGCCCAACGUCAGCCAGAUCAACGACAACCUGCACAGGUACUUCAUGAACAUCUCGUGGGGACAGAAGGAUUUCUCCUUCAACGAGGACGGGUACCUGGUGAACCCCUCGCUGGUCGUGCUGUCCCUCAGCAAGGAGCGCACCUGGGAGGUGGUGGGCAGCUGGGAGCAGCAGGUGCUGAGGCUCAAGUACCCGGUGUGGUCGCGCUACGGGCGCUUCCUGCAGCCGGUGGAGGACGGGCGGCACCUGACGGUGGCCACGCUGGAGGAGCGGCCGUUCGUCAUCGUGGAGAACAUCGACCCCAGCACCGGCACCUGCAUCCGAGACUCCGUGCCCUGCCGGCGCCAGCUCAACCGCACCGCCAGCCCGGCCCCGUUCGAGAAGAAAUGCUGCAAGGGUUUCUGCAUCGACAUCCUGAAGCGCCUGGCGCGGGCGCUCGGCUUCACCUACGACCUGUACCUGGUGACCAACGGCAAGCACGGCAAGAAGAUCGACGGCGUCUGGAACGGCAUGGUGGGCGAGGUGUUUUACCGGCGCGCGGACAUGGCCAUCGGCUCGCUGACCAUCAACGAGGAGCGCUCUGAGAUCAUCGACUUCUCGGUGCCCUUCGUGGAGACGGGGAUCAGCGUCAUGGUGUCCAGGAGCAACGGCACCGUGUCACCCUCGGCCUUCCUGGAGCCCUACAGCCCGGCCGUGUGGGUGAUGAUGUUUGUCAUGUGUCUCACCGUGGUGGCCGUCACCGUUUUCAUCUUCGAGUAUUUCAGCCCCGUGGGCUACAACCGCAGCCUGGCCAGCGGCCAACGCGCGGGUGGCUCCACGUUCACCAUCGGUAAAUCCAUCUGGCUGCUCUGGGCGCUGGUGUUCAAUAACUCUGUGCCUGUGGAGAACCCCAAGGGCACCACGUCCAAGAUCAUGGUGCUGGUCUGGGCCUUCUUCGCCGUCAUCUUCCUGGCCAGCUACACGGCCAACCUGGCGGCCUUCAUGAUCCAGGAGGAGUACGUGGACACCGUGUCCGGCCUGAGUGACCGCAAGUUCCAGCGGCCCCAGGAGCAGUACCCCCCGCUGAAGUUCGGCACGGUGCCCAACGGCAGCACGGAGAAGAACAUCCGCAGCAAUUACCCGGCCAUGCACAGCUACAUGGUGCGCUACAACCAGCGCGGCGUCGAGGACGCGCUGCAGCACCUCAAAACAGGCAAACUGGACGCCUUCAUCUACGACGCGGCCGUGCUGAACUACAUGGCCCGCAAGGAGGAGGGCUGCAAGCUCGUCACCAUCGGCUCGGGCAAGGUGUUCGCCUCCACGGGCUAUGGCAUCGCCCUGCAGCGGGGAUCGCGCUGGAAACGGCCCGUGGACCUGGCCCUGCUCCAGCUCCUGGGGGAUGACGAGAUCGAGAUGCUGGAGCGCCUGUGGCUCUCGGGGAUCUGUCACCAGGAGAAGCUGGAGGUGAUGUCCAGCAAACUGGACAUCGACAACAUGGCCGGGGUGUUCUACAUGCUGCUGGUGGCCAUGGGGCUGAGCCUGCUCGUGUUCGCCUGGGAGCACCUGGUGCACUGGAAACUGCGGCACCUGGGCACAGCGGGGCGGCUGCGCUGCCUGCUGGCCAUCAGCAGGGUAGGGGACAUUGGGGACAUCUAGGGACACUGUGGGGGACUGGGGACAUUGGGGACAC